AGAAAAUCCCGAAUCUGCUCUGGUCUUCUUCCCCUGUCCGCGAGCCGUUUCUGUUGGGUGCGAUUCUUGGGCUUUUUCUGGUAAGAUUUAGCCAUGAAUCCCUCUCUUUAACCUUGAUUUAGGUUGGGUUUACUUUAAUUGCUUUAUUCCCUUCCAAUUUUGAGGUAGCCGUGAGUUUCCCCUGCAGAUGCCGCCGGCUUCUUCUCCCUGCCAGCUCCGGCUUGCUUGCUGGAAUUCUGGUUUUGAUCGUUCUGUCACCGUGGCACUUGGGUUAGCCUUCUGUUCUAUUGCGAGUGAGAUAAGUAAAAUUAUGGUAAAGCCCUUUGAUUUUAAAGCAUGUUUUAAAUUGUUUUUGAGAUGGUGGCAAGGUUUAAAUUGAUUUUAAAUUGAUUUUAUCAGCAUCUGAGUGUGAUUAACUGAAAUGUAAAUUGUGAUGGUUUUUAUGAGAAUUUCAUUGUUUUUCGGCAAUUGAACAUGAUUGGAAUGAAAGUGGGGAUUUCAUUGUUUUUCUGGAAUUGAGCAUGAUUGGAAUGAAAUUGUUUUCAUUACAUUGAGUAGAGCAUGCCUAUUUGAAACUGACUGAACUGUUUUGAUGAACUGAGAGUUUUGUAAAUUAUGAUUUUCUGUUAAAUCCAUGCCCACAUGGACUUUUUUGGUUAUUUCUGAAGUUAUGGAUUUCGAUUGUGAAUUAUGGAUUUCGAUUGUGAAUUACGGAUUUUGAUUGUGGAUUACGGAUUUCUUUUGUAAAUCCUACAUGGUUUUGUCUCUGAUAUGGUCAUGAUUUCCGAUCCCCGCUAGUGGGUGUAACGCUAGCACAGGUCGACAUGUUUACUGAUAUGAUCGGUUUAUUCUGACGCCUGCCACUGGGCGAAUACAUUGGCACAUUCCGACGCCUACAAAUGGGCGAACACAUUGGUAAAUUUCUGUCGCCUGCCAGUGGGUUGUUAUAACACUGGCCAUGACUUAUAGAUGAGACUACUGAACUGAGUUUUUUCCGCAUUAACGGUUUAUCAGUGAAAGUUCUGUUAUACUUACUUGGUUUAUCUGGCAUGCUUACAUUUUUACCCAAGGGCUAUCCAUACUUACUGAGUUAUCUCAUAGUUUUCCUUGUCCACUAUUUCAGGAAGCGAAACCGAGGACGGGAAAACCGAGGGGAGUGACGAGUUAAAAGGCUAGCUAUUUCGAGAUUGACAUAGAUUUUAGAAAUAAAUCGUGAUAUUGUAAACUCGACUUUCUUGGAGAUUUAUGAUAUUGAAGUAAAUUAUAAAUUUUGAU